AUGAUCCUCUCGACCUUUCUCCUAGCCGGCAUCGUCUCCGGCAGCACUUACCCUAUAAGUCUGGGGAAACGCGCCGACAGCACGGACAACAACGCGACCCUCGCGGCCUACACGACGCACUACAUACCGGUCGUGAAUCUCACUAUCGGAACACCAGGUGUGAAUGUGCGGGCGUCUCUAGACUUCCUCAGCGGUGACACCCUUGUUGAGGAUGUGAAAGCGCCUGCCUUUGCAGACUACACAUUCCAAGCAAACAAGUCCCAAACCCUGGUCAAGGGCCAGAGCGUCCAGUACAACCUUCCACUUUUGAACCGAACUUUGAACGCUAACGUCGUCAACGACAAACUGGCUUUGGAUGGUUGGUCAAGUGACAACUCGUCAUUCCUGUUCUUGGAAACAACCGACUCGUACGGGGAUCUCGCGCCGUUCUCGGCGAGUCUGGGACUCGGCUACCGGUCACAGCACGUUGAUCCGGUGUGGAAGUCCUGGACGAAACCACAGCUCGGCCUGUACCUCAAGCGCACAAAGGCAACCGGGUGGACAAGCACUGUUCUGAGCGCAGGUGGUCGGGAGAUCGCUCCUACCCCCGAGACGAACAACAUUGGCAGCAUCAGUAUCGGUUCAUCCGACCCGGAGCUUGGUGGCAAUGCCCACCAAGUCUCCGUCAACACGACAGACAAUGGAGAGUGGCUCAUCGAGUGCAGCAAGGUGCAGAUGUCGGGACAAGAGCGUGCCCUGUCACUCCCCAAGUCUGCGAUCAGUGUAAUGCCGUCCAUGGAGGGCAUUUGGUUGCCCCCGGUCGUUAUCGACAACCUCAUGGCCGGUAUCGAGGGAGCUAACAAGUGGAACGUCUCGCAACGGGUUUCAGCCGGUACGCGAUGGACUCUUCCGUGCAACACCAGCGCCCAGCUGACCUUCGGUCUUGGCGGGAAGGACUUCGUCCUUGACGCUGCUGACUGGAUGGUGGAGGUUCCGGCGAGCGAUGGAGAUGUGGUUGCUGCCGACAGCGGCAAAUGCGCUGCCCUGCUCUUUGAGACGCCUGAGGGCGCCAACGCCAGGCUGGGUCUCGCCUUCCUGCGGACCGUGUAUUCCGUCUGGGACUUUGCUACGCCGUCGAUUGCGUUUGCAGCAUUGGAGCAGGAUGGUGACAGACUCUACAACGGCUCCUGGAAGGACGCGGCACCUGCACAGCUUUCAUCGGUGCCUAUCACAACCACGGGGGCCGAAUUCGCCGAGGCGACUAGCAAGGAUACCGGUGGUGCUCAGCCGAGAAUGUGGUCCUCAGCAAUCGUAGCUACAGCUUUACUCUCAGUCGUAUUACUGUGA